AUGGCCACUAGUGGCCGAGAUACAAAAAGCCCACUUGAACCCAACUCCGCACUCUCCAACCCCGCUUCACUUCUCUUUCAUCCAAUGUCUGUUGAUCAGCAACGCAAGGACAACCUCGCCUGCAGCGAUAAGGUCAAUCAUGCUGACCUCGAUGCCAAACCAAUCCCCGAAACCAGGAUCGAAGCGCCAGAGACAAUCAAGCAAGCGCUGACGCGCCACCCAUGGACCAUCGUCUGGUUGGUGUACGGCAUCUGGAUGGUUGCGUGCAACUCGUUCGAUUCGAGUGCGGGCUCAACGGUACUGGGCAUUCCAAAGUUUCGCCAGGACUAUGGGUUCAUGUACAACAGUAACUACGUCCUGCCUGCAAAGUGGCAGUCGGCGUACUCCGGUGGACCAGCCGCGGCUCAGGUCAUUGGCACGUUCAUGGGUGGUGGCCUUGGAGACAAGAUUGGCCGGAAAUGGAUGACGCUCGUGACCUAUCUCAUCUUGUUUAUCGGCAUCACUCUCGAGGUCGUCUCCCACCAGACGUCCAACCCCAACGCCGUCUUCUUUGCCGGAAAGUUUGUCAACGGGUUUGCUAUUGGCGCUCUGAUGACAACUGCGAUGACAUACAUUGUCGAGAUCGCACCAGUGCGGCUGCGCGGCAUCUUUGCAGCCGCCGCUGGCAUUUCGUUUUGCGUUGGCACCCUGGUGCUGUCCCUUAUUGUCAAUGCAUAUGGACAACUCGACACUGAAUGGGCGUACAAAUCGGCCUUUGUCACCCAGUAUGGCGUCACAGGCAUCGCCCUAUUCAUUUGGCCGUUCAUGCCCGAGUCUCCAACGUGGCUGAUUUCAGUCAACAAGGAUACACAGGCCAUAAAGGCUCUCAAGCGGCUUGGGCAGUCGGAGGCCGAGAUAGAGGUGUCACUGGCCACGAUCAAGUAUACGCUGGAGAAGGCGCGGGAAGAAUCGUCGGGGGUAACGUACGCCGAACUGUUCCGUAAGACCAACCUCCGUCGCACCAUCAUUGCAAGCAUGCCGCUCAUUAUCCAACAAUUUUCGGGUGUUAAUUGGAUUGCGGGAUACUUUACAUAUUAUGCGCAGCUGGCCGGAUACUCCACUGCAAUGUCGUACAAACUCAGCAUUACGCAGCAGGUUCUCAGUAUGGUCGGCAACAUCAAUUCGUGGUUCCUCAUUGAGAGCUUUGGGCGUCGUGGCCUGUCUCUCUGGGGUCUGAUUGGCCUCACUGUCGUCCUUUUUAUUGCGGGUGGAACUGCCUGCCUUGAAACCAUUGCCGGAAACAGGGCCACUGUCAGCUUGAUUCUCAUCUACUGCUGGGGAUACAACAUGACCAUCGGCGCAACUGCAUACGUGGCUAUGAGUGAGAUUGGUACAAGCCGACUGAGGACAAAGACCGCCGCCUUCUCCCUAGCCAUGCAAGGUGCCUGGGGUACAAUGUGGAGCUUUACAUUGCCCUACCUCUUUAAUCCGAACGAGGCAAACCUCGGAGCCAAGUGCGCUUUCAUCUUUGGCGCAUUGUCAAUCAUCUGUUGCGUCUACUUCUACUACUACCACCCAGAGACAAAGGGACGCAGCCUGGCAGAGCUUGAUGAAAUGUUCGCCCAGCGCGUACCUGCGAGGAAGUUUGCAACCUACCAGUUUUAG